GACGUUUGUGACAAUAUUUUCCUGUAUUUUAAUGAAAAGUUGUUGGUAUUUGGAGGAAAAUUCUGCAUUCAUUGAACGGAAUUUUACAAUCUUGCCAAGUGAGAAAUUUAAACCGCCUUUGCACCCAAUAAAAGGGUGUCGACCUACACAUACAAUUAGAACAUAUGAUGAGAAUUUUCCUGAUGCAUUCGACUGGCGAGAUAAAGGUGUGAUCGGAGAUGUAAUAAAUCAGUUAUACUGCAAUGCUUGCUGGACUAUCAGCAUCUUAGGUGUGAUGGAGUCUAUGGUAGCCAUCGAUGAGAUGGCAAGGGGCAAAUUUGAUGGCGUCACGAGACUUAGCGUUCAGGAAUUGAUAGACUGCUCAUACAGAAAUGGUUGUUCAGUAGGAGACCCACGCACGGCCCUCGAGGAUAUGAUGGAGAGGAACAUGAGCGUGGUCAAAGAGGAAGAAUAUCCUUUGACCUUGAAAGAGGAGCAGUGUAAGAUUCCAGACUUCAAUCGAGUUGGUGUCAUGGUGAAAGAUUUUUCAGUACAGUGCAAACUCUCGGCUGAAGAAAUGAUGGCCCUUAUUUAUCACCAUGGCCCCGUGGUCGUCACAGUGAAUUCCUCACCAUGGCUGUUUUAUACGGACGGAGUCAUCACGUGGAAUUGUCCUUCGUAUUUUCAUCUCAGUAGAAAUACUUACUAUUCCCGUGAAAUUUGUGAAAAUAUUCGCCAGUGAAGCCGCAGGUAAAAUCUAGAAUAUACUGAAUAUAAUUUAAAUUCAAUCAAGUCCAU